AUGCACCCCCAGGUGACCGUUCGCAUUCGCGGUAAAUCCGAAUCGCUUGAUCUCGACAUGGCGUGGCGCCAACACCCCGCGUUCGUCUACCACCAAUCUCUGACGACCCGACCGGAGUGCGAGGUGCUACCUCCCUUGAAGUUGAACAAGGCCGGGCAAGCCGUCAUUGUUCCUGGGGAGCGAUUCUGCCGAUUCCGCGGUCCGCUCGGCGAUUGUCAAUAUUUUACGCUGAAAGAGGACAUGUCGGCUCUUCGCUCACACUACAGCCUUCGUCAUGGCAUUGAUACCGAGGAGCGCAAGAAGGGCACGCACGACGGCGAGUUUGGAGCCCAGCUUUGCCGUUGGUUCGAGGAGCUCCGGGAUGGAGCGGCUCCGCAGUGGAUGCCGCGCAAGCCUGCCGUCAGAGGCUAUACUCCUGACGACUGGGAGGACUCGCCUGCGUCGAGGGUGGCUGGCUCCGGGUCCAACCAGCGACGCAGGGCCACGUUGGCGGCUGGCGGCGCUGGGUAUCUCUUGGAAGCGGCGUGGGCUACGCCCCGGGCGGAAAUGAACCCUGCUGCAAGGCCAACCGCGCCGGCGCCCGAAUAUGAGCUCCAUGAUGACUAUGAGGAUGAUGAGGAUGAAGAUGAUGCUGGCCACGACGACGGAGACGGCGGCGACAGCGGCGACGACGACGCUGCUGACUUGCGCGAUAACCUGCCUGUCAAGCCCGAGGCCAUGGUGCGCAAUGGCCCGCCUCUCAAGAAGGGAUGGUCUGGUGCAUGCGCCACCAUGCACGACAAUCUCAUCCACGAGCCAAUUUCGCUAAUGUCGCUGGUUUCGCAGCCCGAAGCUCCGCGCGACGAGACUGGCAAGUUCAGAAUCGGCGCCAUGCGCUUGUAUGCCGGAAUGCGCAACGGCGACAAGUGCGGCUACUGCACCCUGCGAGGCCUGCGAGCAGCAGCAACCCAGCGUACGGGUAUGGGUAUGUACGCCUGCCCGCCUCAGGAGUACCACGCGUUGUGCGGCGUUUGGGAGCGUUUCCGGAAGCCCAUGGCGGAAUGA